UGAUAUCUUCGAACGUUUCUUUAGUUAAUUGAGUUAGAAUUAACAAUAUAUAUCAUAUAUAAUAUAACGAUACAAACCCCAGUAAUUAUUAUAAAAUGAAGAAUAAGUAUAAUAAUAUUUGUGUUGGGAUUUUGACGGUAUUAUUGAUAGCAACUGUAAUUUUUGUGGCAGUUUUUUUGACUGUGCAUUUAAACAGCGAUAAUAAAAUUAAAGGAGGACCUAAAAUAUUAAUAGAUCACGACGGUGGAGCUGAUGAUGCCAUGGCCAUAUUUAUUGCACUAUUAUACGAACAAUACUUUGAUGGGCCUGCUGUGGUCGCGUUGACCACCACUUUCGGCAACGUCAACGAAACUCAAUCUUUUAUUAAUAGUCAAAGGAUAUUAAAUAUUAUUAAUAGAAUAGAUGUGCCAAUAUAUAGAGGAUCGAUCCAUCCAUUGAUUUCUGGUAUACAGAGUGAUUAUUACUUUGGUAACGACGGCUUAGGGGAUAUUGAACAUGAAUAUUUUACAGAAAUAAACUCUCAAAGAGAACACGCUGUAUCAGCACUUAUUGAACUGUCGAAAUUAUAUGAAGGUGAUCUCACAGUUGUAGCUAUCGGUUCUAUGACAAAUAUAGCUCUAGCAAUCAAAGUAGACCCUGGUUUCAUUGGCAGACUGUCUCAUCUCUAUGUCGGUGCUGGAAAUGUUUAUAGUGAAAAUGAAACCGAAGCAGAGUUUAACGCAGCAAUGGAUCCGGAAUCUUAUUAUAUUAUAACAGAUAAUCCUGAUCCAGAGAAGGUCACUGUAGUACCAUUCUCAGAAAUACUAACAUCGCUUGCAACGAGUAUGGAAUGGCGUGAAAAAGUAUUAGGUGCAAUUCCAACCAAGACCAUUCAAAUACUUAAUCGGUACGAGACAAUAGCUUUAGAGCAGAGUACUUACUGGGCCAUGUUGGAUCCUGCCGUCAUGGCGAUUGCAUUGAACAGCAGCUUAGUAGAAGAAAUUAAAUACUCGAACAACAGUAUUGUAUUAUGUGGUAAAGACAGAGGAAUUAAUACUAAUGAAUAUCAUACAACUUCGGUUAACGGGACUAUCCAGUUAGUGUAUUCAUCCAAUAAAGAAGUAUACCAAGCAUUUCUAGUCGACGUUUUCUCAGCUGAACUUAAUACAAGAUAAUAUAAAUUUAUAUUUUACUCAUACCUAGAAAAUAAAAGUAAACAGAGUGAUAAAGUUAAAUUUUAUUU